CGAUAAGCGCCUGAGGCUUUCAGCUCCCCCGCCAACAAUUAUCACCUAUCACCGCCUUGCUGCGUCUCUCCUCCGUAAACACAAGAAAUCCGUCAUUGACAACAAGAGACCUCCUGGCCUUCUGAGAUUAAGACCUGAUUGCUAGGUCUCUCAAUUCUGUUUUUCUACAUUUCUUGCAUGCGCUAGUUGGUUGCUAUUCUUCACUUUCAUCCAGAGAGCUAGCCCUUCUGCUCUAAGAAUGGCUUUCUUCUUCAACCGUGGUCGAUCCCGACAUCCAUCUGAUAUUGUCCGAUCAAUCAAAGAUCAGUUAGUGAGGCUGCGUGAAUCUCCACCUCCCACUGCUAAGGUGGAAGAUGAGCUGGCUAAACAACUUAGCCAGAUGAAAUUGAUUGUUCAAGGAACUCAAGAAAUCGAAGUGUCUCCCGAGCAAGUGCACGCGUUGAUUCAGGCUACUCUCCAUGAAGAUUUGCUAUACGAACUUGCGAGGAGCCUCUAUAUUCUACCCUUUGAAGCUCGAAAGGACACCCAAACCAUAUUUUCGCAUAUUCUUCGUUUCAAGCCCGGCAAUCCAAGCCAGGCCGAUCCGCCGGUUAUUUCCUACAUUGUCCACAACCGACCAGAGGUCAUUAUCGAGCUAUGUAAGGGCUAUGAGCACAGUCACAGCGCAAUGCCGUGUGGCACCAUCCUGAGGGAAGCGUUGAAAUUUGACGUCAUUGCGGCGAUCAUCCUAUAUGACCAGUCAGAAGAUGGGGAGCCGGCCAUCAGACUCAGCGAAGUCCAGCCCGGUGUUCCGCAAACCGGAAAUGGGAUUUUUUGGAAUUUUUUCCACUGGAUAGAUCGAGGGACCUUCGAGUUGAGUGCGGAUGCUUUCACAACUUUCCGAGAAAUUUUGACUCGACACAAAUCCUUAGUAACAGGGUAUUUGGCAACGAAUUUUGACAGUUUCUUUGAUAAAUUCAACAGUGUGCUCGUUCAGUCUGACUCGUACGUCACCAAGCGACAGAGCAUCAAACUGCUUGGGGAAAUUCUGCUGGACCGUGCCAACUAUAAUGUGAUGAUGGCGUACGUUGAGAGCGGGGAAAAUCUCAAGCUGUGCAUGAAGCUAUUACGAGAUGACCGGAAAAUGGUUCAAUAUGAGGGGUUCCACGUGUUUAAGGUGUUUGUCGCAAAUCCGAACAAGUCCGUGGCGGUGCAACGCAUUCUGAUCAACAAUCGAGACCGACUUCUGAAAUUCUUGCCUAGAUUCUUGGAGGAUCGCACUGAUGACGAUCAGUUUACGGAUGAGAAAAGCUUCUUGGUCCGCCAAAUUGAACUUCUGCCUAAAGAACCUAUUGAUCCGGCACGCUCAGCGCGCGAACCAUCUCGGCCGGGUGUCAAUACGGCCACUGUGGCUUAGUCGCAAUGGGACUACGAGUUGAGGCUUCCUUCACAUUCAGUUCUUCUGCCCCUCCUCUUUUGACUACCACUUGGGGCUCUAGUGCAGCAGGACAAUGUACGCUGGCCUGUACAUUCUGCCUAUUCCCCGUUCGCAUGAGGGCCUGCUGGUAUCUGGUCUUCAUGGCGUUGCAGUAUUAUUGGCGAUUUUGGGGGGUGGAAGUAAUGACAUUACGGGCGUUUUUAGCAAUCAGGGCUUAUAGAGAUGGCACGGGGAAUAGAAAACAAACAAUGACGAAGCAAAAAGAAAAGAAAAGAAUUUCACCAGUAAAAAAGCAAGCAGGGCAGGUAUCCGAACCUUGCAUUGAUAUCGGAUGUAGAUACUUAUAGUCCCAGGAGUGGAUCCGCG